AUGAUUUGCAAGCUGAAGGUGCCUACUGAAGACAUUGUCGUUCUGACCCCAUACCGAGCAAACAUCGGCGCACUUGGUAGAAGGUUCAGGAAGGAAUCGGUGCUCAGGGGCGUAGAGUUCACUACGUUCAACAGGUUUCAGGGUCGUGAAGCUCAAAUUGUCGUGCUAGCUCUGUGCGUUGAUACAGAAACUGGUCCGAUGUUUGUCGCAGAAGAGCGCAAUCUCAAUGUAGCAUUGACGCGCCAGAGGUCCAGCCUUCUAAUCUUCGGCAACAUCAAGACGCCAGACUAUAAGUCGCACAUUUGUUUUGACCCUGACCUGAGCGAAGGCUGGGAGGAGCCACGAACAAACCAGAGAGUGUUCAAGGAAGUGUUCCGCAUGAUUCAAGCCAGCGGACGGAUUGCAAGAAUGGAAGGCGAUGAAAAAGCCGACCCUGACAGUCGUUGGGUAGACUAA